GAGGAACAAAUGAGGAAGGAUCCAGCGCUCACGAAAAAAAAAACACUGAAUUUAAAUUUCGGCGUCCUAACGAUAAACUAGUAGACAGUAUUUUUGGACAAGUGGGAAAUCGAAUUGCUAGUUGCCUACCUACCGGUGAUUUAAAAAAUAUGACGGAAAUCUCCGAGAUGUCUGAAUGUGCAAACUAUGAGUUGAACCGUCGAUAUAAAGUAUUACAUUACCGGGACGGUAAAAUAACACCGCCAUAUUUGAAGAAGGCUUUGGAACUCAUAUCUAAGACGAAUUUCACCGAUACUAAACACCGAGAAUCCUUCGCAACGAAUCAUUGGAUACCAGGUCAAGCGAUUUUGUUUGGUAGAGAAAAACCGAUCAAUGCUAUAGCCAGUGUACACUUUCCUUUCUUAGUUUCGAUAUUCACAUCUCACAAGGAUCACCUAGAAAUUAUCGACAAAACAUCCA